CUUGUGGAAAAAGCUCUGCACAAAAUGCACGAAUACAGCGUUAGCAGCCAAGCAAGCUUGAGUUAAUACUGGUAGGCCUACCCACACGCAGGUCAAAAUAUGGAUACAGAGGAUUUCGACUGGGAAUUUGAACACCCGGAGGUGGAUCCUGACGAAGAUGAGGAACAGGAGGAGGUUGCCGAUCCUUACAAGGAUGAUGAGAGCAAAGAUGAUGAGGCCAUACAGAGGGAAUGCCUCAAAGCAUUCGCCAGCAUUGAUUACAUCAUGGAGUCUGGUGUCUUCAAGGAUCUUAAGAGGUACUUUCAGGCCGGGGGCACACCAGAACAAGUCGUCCUACUGCUGUCAGAAAACUACACAGCUGUUGCACAGACUGUCAAUCUGUUCGCAGAGUGGCUCAUCUUCACAGGUGUAAAUCCCACUGAGGUGCAGCAGAUGGUGGAGGACCAUCUCAAGGCUCUCAUCAUCAAGCACUUUGACCCCAAGAAGGCUGACUCCAUCUUCAGUGAAGAAGGAGGGACCCCAGCUUGGCUUGAGAUUAUGAUCCAGCAUCGGACGUGGCGGUCUCUCUUCUACAAACUAGCAGAGGCACACCCAGAUUGCCUCAUGCUGAACUUCACUAUCAAGUUGAUCUCGGAUGCCGGGUACCAGGGAGAGAUCGGUAAUGUGUCCACAGCUUGCCAUGAGAUUGAAGUCUUCACCAAAGUGCUUCAAACCACAAUCAAUAAAUUACUGGAAGGCGGUGAAGAUGCAGUCAUCAAACAUCUGCCGGAGUUUAGUAAGAUGGUGUGCCACGGUGAGCAUACUUACCUGUAUGCCCAGAUGCUGAUGCAUCUCCUAGCCAAGGAUAAAGACGGAGGAUCUAUCAUCCGAAGAUUGUACCAGGAGGUACAGAAUGCUGGCAAGAACAAGGGUGAGGGAGUGACCCAGAUAAGCCUUGCGUUGAGCAGUGCUGCUGCCUACCCCAAGGCCUGCCAAGCAUUGCUGUCUAUGAUCUGUAGGGAAGCACUCAACACAGCCGACAUAACUGUGCUGUUCAAGCUGUACAUGGGCCCUGACCCACCGCCGGUUGAACUGAUCCGAAUCCCUCAGCUCAUGGAGCUCUUCAAGCAGACGUUGUUCAAACCGGGAGCCAACGUCAAUCCUGAACACAGAAACAAGUACACCUAUCUACUGGCCUAUGCAGCUAGUGUGCACGAGACGUUCAAAAAGGACAAACGAAUUACGUUGAACAAGGAUGAACUGAAGCCUACGUGCCAAGCCAUAGAUAAGGUGUACAACAUCUGCAGCUGUGAUCAGAAAGUGGGCUCCGAGCUGACCGCUGAACUGACUGCCUUCUAUCAGUGUAUAAGGUACCCUGUUGUAGCCCUGGGUGUGCUGUACUGGGUCGACAAAACGGUUCUAGACCCCGCCUACUUUCAGCGGAUCACUGACCACACCCCUCUGCAUCUCAUUGUACUGGAUGAGGUUGUUAACUGCCACCCACUUAUUCACGGCAAAGUCCUGGAACUUCUUAUCAGAUUAUUUGAAGAUCCGUACCCACAACUGGACGUCCUUGUGCAGAUGGAACUGAAGAAGACCAUUUUAGAUCGCAUGGUGCACCUUCUCAGCAAAGGCUUUGUUGUGCUUGUUGUGCAGUACAUCGCUAAGUGUGUAGACGAUUCAGACACAGACAUGUCUCUCAUCCGACAUUUUGUGACAGAGGUGCUGGACAUGAUUGCCCCGCCCUACACCUCUGAGUUUGUCCAGCUCUUCCUGCCGAUCAUUGAGAACCAGGACAUCACGGGGACAUUACGUAAUGAGGACGGCAAAGAUCCAGUCUCCAAUUUCAUUGUUCACUGCAAGACCAAUUUCAUAAUGAUGACCUGAAGUCGCCACUAGAGGGCAGCAGACCUGUGAGAUAGACGAGAGACACUGGGCCACAUUGAACAGAACCUUCUACAGAAGAGCAACCAAAUCUGCUUGACAAGGCAGCCAACACAAACUUGGUUCGCCUUGAAAAAACGUUUCGCUAUCUUCAGAAGGCUUUUUCGCUUGGCACAAAAUGACAAUAGUGAUUCUGCCCAUUGCAUAAUGGGGCAGAUUCUGUGCACAUUGUGCUCAAAUAAUGACUGAAAAUAAUGUUGAAUGGCCUAAUAUAUGUACUACAGCGUUCAAGUGGUGCAGAGAAUACCAUAGACUUGUUGACCCAACUCAUCUCUUUCCAAUUUGAGAUCCGUUGUGGUUUAAACACAUCUGAUGUCAGGAGAAUUACCAACAACAGUUAGUGCAUGGCUGCUUCUUUGAAAGCGGCAUCUACAAGAGUGACAUACUGAAAAUUCAUGGUUUUUCAUUCAAACUCCUGGACAUUUUCUCCUAGCCUUGUCUAACGUACAUGAUACUGAUGGCAGGUUACAAUUUUAGGUGAUCCUCUUGUAUCUCUAUGCCAGUUCUGACAUGAAG